AUGUCAAAUGAUAAGUACAAGAGCGUCGAACACAGGGUGGUGAUGAAUUCACGUGAGGAAGCUAGAGUUUCAAUUGCUGUCUUCUUCAAUCCUGGAAAGCGAGGGGAAUCAGUUCUGUAUGGGCCGUUGCCAGGGCUGGUUUCUACAGAAAACCCACCAAAGUACAGGCGUUUCACGAUGUUUGAGUUUUUGGGGGCCUUCUUCAAACGUGACCUUGCCAGCAAAGCUCUACUUGAGCACUUCAAACUGUAA